AUGAUGUUGUCAGCAAACUCAAUCUGGGAUACCUCCGAACGUCUACCAGGAAUGCCCGCCAACAACCAUCGCAUCAUCCUAUCUGAGAUCAAGCCAGCAGUGGUUCGACUUUCCAGUGAGCACGCUCGUCUGUUCCUGGACCUAUCAUAUGAGCUUGCCACAACCUGUCGCGUGCGACCUCGAACUCUGGAGACAGAUGAAGAAGGGGACCAGUUGCUACUCUUCCAGGAUCUGUGA